AAUUAGGUGACCUAGAAUUAUAGCCGUUCUCUUCUGUCUCUAUCUCUCUGGGUCGUCUCUUUCCUUUAUAGCUUCUACUUUCUCCCACUCCGUACUCCCUUUACCUCAAAUCUGAUUAUGUAAAUUCACACAAUACAGAUUUAAACAAUCUUAAACUACAUUUUUCGUUGGUGCUGAAGAAAAGCCAAGAAAAAAAGAAUGGUUUUGUUCAAGAUCUUGCUGGUUCUGUUCUUCGUGAACUCAAGAUUCUGCUCAGCUGCAGAUCCAUACGCUUUCUAUAACUUCGAAGUUUCCUACAUUACCGCUUCUCCACUUGGUGUUCCUCAACAGGUCAUUGCUAUAAAUGGAAAGUUCCCUGGUCCUACAAUCAAUGUCACGACCAAUGAAAACCUGGUCGUGAAUGUGAGAAAUAAAUUAGACGAGGGUCUUCUACUUCACUGGUCUGGAAUCCAACAGAGACGUGUUUCCUGGCAAGAUGGACUUGCGGGAACAAACUGUCCAAUCCCACCAAAGUGGAACUGGACUUAUGAGUUCCAAGUCAAAGACCAGAUUGGUAGCUUCUUCUACUUCCCAUCUCUCCAUUUCCAAAGAGCCUCCGGUGGUUUUGGUUCCUUCGUUGUCAACCCUAGAUCCGUUAUUCCAGUCCCUUUCUCAACUCCAGACGGAGAUAUCACUAUUACCAUUGGUGAUUGGUACACAAGGAACCACACGGCUUUGAGGAAGGCUUUAGAUGAUGGUAAAGAUCUUGGAAUGCCUGAUGGGGUUCUCAUUAAUGGCAAAGGACCUUACCAAUACAAUAAGACUCUUGUUCCUGAUGGAAUCGAUUACGAAACCAUCACAGUCCAUCCUGGGAGAACUUAUAGACUUCGAGUUUCGAAUGUGGGAAUCUCAACGAGUUUGAACUUUAGGAUACAAGGUCACAACUUAGUUCUUGCAGAAUCUGAAGGAUCCUACACAGUUCAACAAAACUACACAAGCUUGGACAUUCAUGUUGGACAGUCUUACUCCUUCUUGGUUACUAUGGACCAAAACGCAAGCUCUGAUUACUACAUUGUUGCAAGUGCUCGGAUUGUUAAUGAAACCAUAUGGAGAAGAGUCACUGGAGUUGGAAUCUUACACUAUACCAACUCUAAAGGCAAAGCAACAGGUCACUUACCACCUGGACCACAAGACGAAUUUGACAAAACUUUCUCCAUGAAUCAAGCAAGAUCCAUCAGAUGGAAUGUUUCAGCAAGUGGAGCACGUCCUAACCCACAAGGCUCGUUUAAAUACGGUUCCAUCAAUGUAACCGAAGUGUACGUUCUGAGGAACAUGCCGCCUGUGAAGAUCAAUGGGAAAAGGAGGACAACACUUAGUGGCAUAUCGUUUGUGAACCCUUCUACACCUAUAAGACUAGCUGAUAAGCAUAAGGUGAAAGGAGUUUAUAAGCUUGAUUUCCCUAAGAGACCUUUAACUGGACCACCUAGAAGAGAGACUUCCAUUAUCAAUGGCACUUACCGCGGAUUCAUGGAAGUCAUUCUUCAGAACAAUGACACUAAAAUGCAAAGCUAUCACAUGAGUGGCUAUGCCUUCUUUGCUGUCGGAAUGGAUUAUGGAGAGUGGACAGAGAACAGUAGAGGUACUUACAACAAAUGGGACGGUAUUGCACGCUCAACUAUUCAGGUGUAUCCAGGGGCAUGGUCAGCGAUCUUGAUAUCUUUGGACAAUCCUGGAGCUUGGAAUCUAAGAACAGAGAAUCUUGAUUCUUGGUACCUUGGACAAGAAACAUACGUGAGAGUUGUUAAUCCAGAUGAAAACAACAAAACCGAGUUCGGGGCACCUGCAAAUGUCCUAUACUGUGGUGCUCUCAGCAAGUUACAAAAGCCCCAGAAGAUAUCAUCAUCAGCGACGAGGAGCAUUGGAUUCACGAAUCUUUCAAUGGUAGUGAUGGCUUUCGUGAUGAUGCUUCUGCCUUGAAGUGUAAUUUGAGGGUUUGUAAUUCUUCUAGGGCUUGUUGAUAUCGAACCAGGGAUGAUGAUUCUUGUUCUUUACGUUUCCCCAUAGUUCUAUUUCUGACUUGUUUUGUUUUUGUUUUUUAAUCCUAUCUGUUGUUUUAUUCUUUUUCCGGGACUCUGAGAAGAACACAAAAAGUAUUCAUGAAAAUGUCGAAAUCUUUAUAGGCCCUGUUUGUCAUUAUCUUAUUUUUCAUACCAAAAUUCACAAUUUCAAAUGAUAUGUUUAUUGAAUAGAAAAAGAAAUGAAAGGAUAUGAGGUCCCUAGAUGAUGAAGAGUGAGGUGGAAAGAAUAUAGUAUAUCUUUUUUUUUUUUUUGUUGGAUCUCAGCUUUUUCUCUGACAAAUCCCAGCUGGUUUCUUUCUGUAUUUUGCAUUUAUUUUCUCUCUUUGUCCCU